UAAUCUAAACGAGUACAUGGAGUGAACAAUAUUUUCCCUCCUCUAAGGUCCCAAUUUUUCUUAAACCCUAAAACACUCUCACUGAAGAAGCUGCUGCAGAAGAGAAUCCCGAUUUUUCCAAAAUGUCGAUGUCGAAGAGUUCCAAGAUGCUUCAGUACAUCAACUACCGUAUGCGUGUCACCAUUCAGGACGGUCGUCAACUCGUCGGAAAAUUCAUGGCCUUCGACCGCCACAUGAACCUCGUCCUCGGCGAUUGCGAGGAGUUCCGCAAACUUCCUCCGGCCAAGGGCAAGAAACCAGCCGAAGGAGGCGACCGCGAGGACCGCCGCACGCUCGGCCUCGUCCUCCUCCGCGGCGAGGAGGUCAUCUCCAUGACCGUCGAGGGCCCUCCUCCGCCGGAAGAGUCCCGCUCCAAGGCAGUCGGCGCCGCCGCUCUCGCCGGCCCUGGUAUUGGCCGAGCCGCCGGAAGAGGUAUCCCGCCCGCUCCCGUCGUCCAGGCUCAGCCAGGCCUCGCCGGCCCUGUCCGCGGUAUGGGCGGCCCCGCCCCUGGCAUGAUGCAGCCGCAGAUCUCGCGCCCGCCGCAGCUCAACGCACCGCCGGUGUCUUAUCCCGGCGGUGGACCGCCUGUGAUGAGGCCUCCUGGGCAGAUGCCAGGGCAAUUCGCUCCUCCUCCUAUGGCGAGGGGUCCGCCACCGCCAAUGCCGCCUGGGCAAUUUGCACCGCAGAGACCUGGUGGCCCUCCGCCACAGUUCCAAGUUCCGCCGCAGUUUGGACAGAGACCCAUGGGGCCUCCCCCUCCUGGACAGAUGGUGAGAGGACCUCCCGCUCCCCCUCGCCCCGGAAUGCCGGCUCCACCACCACCUCGCCCUGGCAUGCCACCGCCACCUGGAAGCGGUGUUCCGGUGUUUGGUCCUCCUCGACCUGGCAUGCCCCCUCCGCCAAACCCUCCAAAUCAACAGCAACAGUAAUGGCAGAAUUGAUUGGUAGUAAUAGAGAACUUCAAAUUAUUGUGGCAGGUUUCUUACUGGUAAUCUGAAGAUAUGGACUCCAAGCUUCUUGCACGCAAUUCAAUAUCCAGCUUGUACUUAGGAACUGAUUGUUGCUUGUACAACCGUGAAUCACUCUCUUCUUAGGGAUUGUUUUUCUGAUGUCUCGAUGAGAAUGUGUAAUGUUAGAAGAACAACUUUAUGUUUUGGAGGGAGUUAUUCUACUAAAACCUGAGCAUUAGACAUAUAAGUCGGCUGUGUAGAUUUUCAGGGGAAAAAUGCCGGAUUGCAUAGACAGCGUUCUGAUUUGAGUGUAGGACAAGACCCCCCUAUAUCAUUUGGGUUAAUAUUACAUAAUUAUGACUUUGCUAAUGUUUCUGGAUCAUUUUAUUUUUUAUUUAUCUGCAGUUAUUUGGGCUUUGUUUUUCUUUGUGUGUAAUAACUACAUUUAUUUUGGAGACGCAAAUGUACUAGGCAGAUUAAUCAGAAACUCUGUGGAUUAUUAAAAA